CCCGCGCCCCGCCGAGCCCCGCCGGCCGUGGCCGCCCCGCCCGGGCGCAGUGUGCGGAGCUUCUCCCUCCGGGGACGAGGAGCCGACGCGGCGGGGCCGGCGCUGCCUCCGGGCCCGCGGCGGGCGGAGCGGGGCGGGCCGGGCCGCGCCGCCGGCCCCGCCGCCCGGAAGGGGCGUCCGCCCGCCCCGUGGCCGCCGCCGCCGCCGCCGCCGCCGCCGCCUGGGGAGCCGCCAUGGCGGCCGCCGCCCCCGCCACCCUGCCCGUGCAGCUGGCGGAGCAGCCCAGAUUGCUGAAGCUGAAGGAGAUGUUUGUAUCAAAAUUUGGAUCAGCUCCCAAGUUUUAUGUUCGUGCACCAGGGCGAGUCAACUUAAUAGGAGAACAUAUAGACUACUGUGGUUAUGCUGUGCUCCCUAUGGCUAUAGAACAAGAUAUACUGAUUGCAGUAGAACCUGUGAAAACACAAGUUGUGCAACUGGCCAAUACAAAUUCUUCGUACUUGGAUUUCAGUACCAGCGCUAAUAACAUUGAGAUUAACAAAACCAAACCACUAUGGCAUAACUAUUUUCUAUGUGGACUGAAGGGUAUUCAGGAACAUUUUGGUCUUAAUAACCCAACUGGAAUGAAUUGUCUGCUAGAUGGAACUAUCCCUCCAAGUUCUGGUCUCUCUAGCUCCAGUGCUUUGGUGUGUUGUGCAGGACUCGUGACAGUAAGAGCUAAUGGAAAAACCCUCUCUAAGGUGGAGCUUGCAGAAAUUUGCUCAAAGAGUGAACGUUAUAUCGGCACAGAAGGUGGAGGAAUGGACCAAUCAAUAUCUUUUCUGGCGGAAGAAGGAACUGCCAAGUUGAUAGAGUUCAGUCCUCUAAGGGCAACUGAUGUUAGACUUCCAAGUGGAGCAGCGUUUGUUAUUGCUAACAGUUGUGUUGAAAUGAAUAAAGCAGCAACUUCUCAUUACAAUAUUAGGGUAAUGGAGUGUCGUCUGGCUACAAAGCUUCUCUCAAAGUCAAAAGGCUUGGACUGGAAAAAAAUGUUGAAACUCCAAGAUGUGCAAGUCAAGCUAGGAGUUAGCCUAGAGGAAAUGCUGACCAUUGUCGAGGAGGUAUUUCACCCUGAGCCUUACAGCACAGAGGAAAUUUGUAAAUACCUGGGAAUUAGCCUAGAGGAGUUCCGCACUCAGAUCCUUAGUCAAAACACACAAGAUGUUUCCACCUUUAAGUUAUACCAGCGUGCUAAGCAUGUGUAUGGUGAAGCUGCCAGAGUGCUGGAAUUUAAGAAGAUAUGCGAUGAAGCACCUGCCAAUGCAAUCCAGCUGCUGGGAGAAUUAAUGAACCAGAGCCAUAUCAGCUGCAAGGAAAUGUAUGAAUGCAGCUGUCCUGAACUGGACCGGCUGGUGGACAUCUGCCUGCAAUUUGGGGCCAUUGGGUCACGCCUGACUGGAGCUGGAUGGGGCGGCUGCACUGUAUCAAUGGUGCCUACUGACAAGCUGAAUAAUUUCCUAAAAAAUGUAGAAAAAGCUUAUUACCAAACCAAUGUCCAAAGCUCAGCAUUGGAGAAUAAUAGUCUGUUUGCUACCAAACCUGGAAGAGGCGCUUUAGUUUUUGUUGAGGCCUAAAGAAUGUCAAAAUUUUAAAGAAACUGUGUAGGGCAUUUAGAACUGGCAGGACUUCCUGUGCCACCACAAAUUAGUCCUUUUCCUGUUUUUUUUUCUUUUUUAUUACAAUGAGCAGUUGCUAUAAUCAAAAUUUAUUUCUGAAGAAGCAAUUAACACUCUUAGAUUAUAAAGUCUAUUUUUUCCAUCCUAAAAGUAUCUUUCAGUGUAAACAUUAAUUUAUAGAAACCUAUUGACAUGAAAGACUGAAAUGCUGAAACUGAUGAUACUUUGUUACAGUGGAUCUUUUAUUUUUUUCUUUUUACUGUUAUAAAAGUAAGAGCAGGUGGAAAAAUGAGCUAUUUCAUUGCUGGAACCUCGCAGUGUUUGCAGAGCUGUUCAGUGCUUAUUCACUUCUGCUGGUGGAUGUUUUUUGGUUUUAAGUCCUGUAAGAAUAAAAGAUCAAACUGAAGUAUUCAAAAAACUGGAAGGACCUUGCUAAACAUUGCAAGUUUUAUAAUAGUCUCAAAGAGGAUUAUUAUUGUUAUAAUUAAUGAUAGUAUUGGAGGAGUACCUGCUGGCCCCAGUAUAGCAUUAGGAACAUAUGUUAAGUGGGAAACCCAUCUGAACUUACUGUCCAAACAGUCCCUGAUUCUUUUUCAGAAUUUGAGACAACUUUCAAUUUUUCCCAAGUCAGACAGAAGCUGACAGAAUUACUGGUUUUCUUGGGCAGAGUAAGUGGCAUCACAGUUACGGUUAAAAAAUGGAGAGGUCAUUCCAUUUGCAAACUAUUCUCUUCACCCUAUAGCUGUUCUCAGGAAUUUUCAACAAAAGUUUCAACAAAAUCAAUGCUGUUUGUGAACUGAGCAUGACAGUAUAUUCCCUUUACUAAAUGAAUGAACAAAUGGUGAAUCAGUGCCGAAGGUAGCUCCUGGCACUCUCAAGGUUAUAAUUGCAGUGCAUUGGAAAUAGAACACCUACAACUCAGAGCUCAUCUAUCUCCUUAGUAGGAAAAAUGAGUAUGAUUGCUCAAAGAGAUGGCUGUAGGUUAAGAUACACCAAGGAGGUCUUAAACCUGCUUCCAAGUGGAAAAUUAGCUUCCUGGGCCUUAUCUUUCACAGCCCAAAAUACUCUACCGCUUUGCUAUGUGCAAGAAGAACUCAGCAGAAGUUUUGCUAAUGUCGUAACCCUUGCAGCCAUAAAGACAUAGCGAGAUUUGUCCCUGUGCACAUUUCUGUGAUGCUAAGCACAUGUGAAUGUCCAGAAGUCUGCAUGAAAUUAGAGAUUUCUCAGAAGAGAUCCUCUGUACAUUAAUGCUAAUUCAGGCCAAAAAUGAAUUCUUAGAGGCUACUAAUUCUGUGAGAGGACUCUGCCAAAUUUGAACACAGCAGAUGAAUGACAGCCAACACAGAGUGCCACAUCUUUUCAGGAGCCUCAGAGGGGACAUAUAAUGCCAAUACUAUCAUCAGGAAGGAUUUGUGUUUUCUGACAACCAGGAAGAGUGGAACAGGAAUGCUAUAGAUCAAGAAUAUCAACUGACAGUACUCAGGAAAAGAAAGUUAAAGGGCAGGCUCUGGGCAUGAUGGGGAGGAACAGAAAGACCAGAUUUGGAAGGAGAGUUAGAAGUAUUCAUUUGAGAAGGGGAAUAAAGGUGAUAGUUAAGAACAAGAGGUAGAAUUAUGGAAUGGUCUAAUCUUAAAACAGGCUUGCAAUAUUACUAUCCAAGGGAAUUUAAUGUCUUGUAACCCCCAUUUGUAAUGUGCAGCAGAUGUGCUGUAUGUUCAACCAAACCUGUAAAUACAGGACUCCAAAAAUCAAAUAACAAUAGGCAAAGAUCUUCAAGAAUCUUCAAGGCAGCUUUAGAGAUCUUAAAGAAAAUAAUACCAUGGCUUUGUUACAACCUGUCUUGUUAAAUAUAAGGACACUAGUAAUCCUCAUAUUAAUUCAUUUUCUGUCAUAAAAGCAGAUUACAACACUGUACAUACCAAUUCUUUCAUUACUGUAGCUGUGUUGAACUUUAGUUCAGCUGGAUUCCUGGAAGCUCUAAUCUGUCUAAGAACAGAAUAAAGGUAUUUUAGCUCUUUUUUUUUUUUGUUUUCAAGUUGAGCAUGACACAUGUAGUCACAAAAUCUUCCCCCAAAUCAUGCAGUCCAGUUUUCCAUCUGCAGUACAUUUCAGAAUUUUUCUGUCAGUGAAUCUUGUAAGUGAUAUUUUCAUAAAUGAAGAAAUCAGAACACUGGCAUAUUACAAAAGAAUAACAACAAACCUUUUAAACUUCUGAUUAAUUUCUUUCCUUUCCUUCUUUAUUGCUUCAAUGCCUUUUUCAUACUUUUGCUGUAAUCUGCAGAAUAAAAAUUGGGACAUAACUUUCAGUGAAAGAUGUAGGAUAUUCAAACUAUGUACAUAAAAAUGGCACUCAGACAUUUUUAUUUACAUUUUACUAACAAAAUAAAAUGUUUCUUUUUAAAUUAAAAAUAUGAAUGAAA